UAAAUAAAAUGUCGUUGCUAACAUGAGUGUUGUUGUUGACGUUUGUUGUAUUUUGUAUUGUCUUUUGUUUUAUUUGGAAUCACGGUGAGAACCUGUUAGAUAUGACUAGUUACCUGCUACGCCUGGUAAAGUUUAAUUGUUUGUGUUAUUUUCUUUGAGAAAAAAAAAGAAUUAAAUAAGUCACCCACUUUGGCCUGUCAAAUUUAUGUCUUGCUGCAAUUCUGUUUGUCAAUUUAAUGUUUAUAUCUGUCAAAUUAAAAGAAAACGCAAGUGUAUUAACCUGAAAAGAGUGUAUAGUGACUAAUUGGUCGACAUUAACCAAUAUUUCUUGACCAGUGUAAUAAAACAAAAAAUAAAAAAAAUAUUAAAGAAGAAUCAAAAAGUCAAGAAAAAAAAAAUUUUUUUUCAGUGUAGUGGUUAGAGUUUGAAUAAUUUUAUAUUAUAUUGCCAUAUCAGAUAUUAAAAUAAAACCGUCAAAAUAGCUCCCAAAAAUUAUUAUCAUCGAAUGCAUCUGCCUACCGGUACAACGACGGCAGUCUACACUGGCUCCACUGCCGGACCGGUAACUUCGACAUCGUCCGUAUCAUCGGCGGCAGAUUGGAGUGGUCAGUCCAGUGGCGGUGGUAUUUAUAAUAAGGGGGGAAUGAUUGACCCCCCAAGCAAUAAUAGUGGCAGUAGUUCACCGCCUUCAUCAUCACAAGAGCUUUGGUGGACGGAACGAUUGAUAUUGGAUGCUCAACAGGAGUAUCCUGGUGAAUUGGUUCGAACGGGUAGUCCUUAUUUCCUUUGCUCCGCCUUGCCCACCCAUUGGAGAUCCAAUAAAACACUUCCGCUGGCCUUCAAAGUGGUUGCUCUAGUCGAUGUCGGUGACGGCACAAUAGUGACGAUACGUGCUGGUAACGACGAAAACUAUUGUGCCGAACUAAGAAAUUGUACAGCGGUAAUGAAGAAUCAAGUUGCCAAAUUCAAUGACCUGCGUUUUGUCGGACGAAGUGGACGAGGGAAGAGCUUUACUCUGACGAUAACAGUGUCAACCAGCCCACCACAAGUAGCCACAUAUGGAAAAGCCAUCAAAGUGACAGUUGAUGGACCAAGGGAACCAAGGUCUAAAACAAGUCCGACCGGUGGUCAUCAAUAUCGAGCAGUGGGUUUGGGUCAACGACCCUUUCUCGAUCCACCAUUCUAUAGUCAUGUUCGUGAAUUAGAGACAUUAAGACGUAAGGCUCCAACUACUGGUUCAUCGCUAGCACCAUUAGCCAGUAAUCACUCAUCCUCCAAUAGUACAAUGAAUUCACCCGACGGACAGGGUUACAAACCAAAUGCACCGCACAUACAAGAAAAUAACUUGAUGGGUGCUGCCGACUGGACGGGCUACACGCCGAGCACAACAACGACGCCGGGUAUUGGUUCGUAUCAUACAUACCAGCAACUGCAAACGAAUGCAUCAAGUGCAGCGGCAGCGUAUGGAUAUGAUAGUCACACAGCAGGUAAUCCUCCGCCAGGGCCACCACCUCCACCGCCAGCCCCAGAUCAUCAUGGUAAUUUCCAUCUGCCAACUGUGUUGACAGACAUGCAACCCUUUUGUGCCGGCUCCGAAUACCACCACACGGGAAUCGCUCCAACUGCAGCGACAAGUGGAAUUAUGUCUCACACCCAACCACCAAUCUGUAGCCCAACCUAUGGAUCCACAAAGCCUGAAAUUGAUUCUCUCAAUCCGUCGUAUCCAUCGUACAACAAUUGGUCCAAUGGCUACAAUAACUACCAAUAUGGAAGCUGUGCGGCACAAGCUCAGUAUCCUGGACAUACAGCCCCAACUAUGGUUCUCUAUCCUCAGCUCUACUCAACUGUCAACCAAAACCAAAUCCACCUACACCUGCAUGGCACCGAUAAGCUUGAGCAAUACCUUGGUCCUGAAAACUCCCUAACUAUAAGUUCAAUUGGUGGUAGUCGAUCGGGGAUUGAAAUUGGAAUUGGAACAUCAGAUCAUGAAUCGGCGAUGAUGAGCAAUGAAGGAGGAACUGAAACACAACAACAACACCCGCAACACGUACAAGUACAACAGGAGACUGAAGUUCCACAAGACCAUCGAACCGAUGAGGAUGUUGUGGAUCCGGGCAGUGUGUGGCGACCUUACUGACCGUCAGUCAAUUAUUUUGAAAUCGAACUGAAUUAGAAUCUAAAUUUUUUGUUGUUGUUUGAAGAGUGUUUAUAAAGUGUAAUAAGUUUAUAAUGAUAAGAAUUUAGUUUUUAAGUAGGUAGCUA